AUGCCUCUAUACGAAGUCACACACGCUGCACAUCUUAGCCCUGUCCAGAAAGACGCACUGGCCGGAGCUAUCACCGAUCUUCACGCCAACAGGUUCAGCGUACCUCGCUGGUACAUCACCGUGGUCUUUACAGACGCAUCAGUGCAGACAACAUACAUAGGAGGUCGCCAGCGUCUUACGAAUCGUAUCACUGCCCGCGUCCGGAACGGCUCGACUCGAAGUCGAGAAGCAUUCAAUGAACAUUGCAGCGAUAUCAACGAUGCCUGGUGUCGCAUUGUACACCCGGAUCUCCCGACCUCGAAGCUGCCGCCGAGGGAGCUUGAGCUAGCUGCUAUAUUCAUCACAGGAGAGCUUCUUGCAGGUAUGAAAGUCGGGUUUCCGGUUCCAGCUGCAGGCGCUGAAAUGGUGUGGUCGGAGUUUCAUUUUGGCUCGUUCAAAGAGAGGGCAGCCUUAGGCGACGAAGACUUUGUGGAUUUCGUCGCAGAACUAGAAAAGAAGCCUGGGUUCAGCCGUCGCGCAGAUGACUAG